GCCUGCCGUAACGAAUAUAAUAGCGUAUUUUUUUUUCCAAAAACGCGCUAAAAAUAAUUGACUUGCCCGCAGACCACCGAAAACGCAGAGAAGACCGUACCGUACCUCACCACGAAUUCUCCCAAAUCUACAACAUUAGAUGAUGUAUACAUUGCAGUUAAAACAGGAAAGCGGAACCACAACGGAAGGCUCGCAGUUAUACUUAAAACGUGGUUUCAAAUGGCGAAAAAGCAGACAUGGUUCUUCACCGAUGUUAAUGACGAGAAUCUCCAAAACUUAACAGACGACCACAUGAUUAACACCAAAUGUGGAAGGUCACACUCCAUCAGAGAUCUGUGUUGCAAGAUGGGGGUCGAAAUCAAUACAUUUCUGACGGUAUCUAAGAGCAGGUGGUUUUGUCAUUUUGAUGACGAUAACUACGUUAACAUUCCGAAAUUGGUGGAUGUAUUGAAUGGUUACGAUCCCAAUGGCGAUUGGUAUUUGGGAAAGCCUAGCAUAAAGUAUAAAUAUCCAGUGUACAACAAAAAAACCAAGACAAAAACAAAGUUAUGGUUUGGAACGGGAGGCGCAGGGAUUUGUAUUAGCAGACCUCUAGUUACGAAAAUGAAGCCAUUUACAAUUGGCGACCAAUUUAUGCGCACCUGCUACGCUGUGAUCAAUGGGGAUGAUGUAACAGUAGCCUAUAUAGCACACUUGCAGAACAUAUCGUUAACGGUUAUAGAUAAAUUUCACUCCCACUUCGAAAAGUUUAAAUCGUUCCCUAGAGAAACCAUCGAGGAUGAGAUCGUACUCAGUUAUAAAGGCCCAAAUAUCCUGGAUAUUGAAGGGUUCGAUCUAAUAACCGACCCUACUAGGUUGAUGUCUCUGCACUGCAUCUUAUUUCCGAAUGCCGAUCUCUGUUCCACGAUGAAAAGGACAUACCCUACAACAAGUAAAACGAUUGAAGAUUCCGUAUAAUAUACAAAUGUAUGGCAAUUAAAAAUAUUGUACGUAAUCGGCGUCACCGAGGCGCAUAAAAACGGAAUACUCGAGAAAAUUUGGUGUAUAAAUAACGCUUG